AUGCCUCUGGUUCUGCAAAAACAGAACGAAAAAGAGCAUGAUCUCGAACAUGCGUACUGCAUUUCCUAUUUCAAACGGCCAUUAGGAAAAUUUGAUCCGGAACAGUAUGCAAUCUUUGUGAAGCCGGUAGUGAUUUUCAACACGGUGGAACAGUUUUGGACUGUCUAUUCUUACCUUAUCCGACCAUCUGACGUCACCCAAAAAAUCGAUUUUCACGUUUUUAAGCGUGGCAUUCAGCCUGUUUGGGAGGAUAAACUUAAUCAAAAAGGUGGCAAAUGGAUGGUACGUUUAAAAAAGGGGCUGGCAUCAAGAAUAUGGGAAGAUCUUAUCCUCGCCAUGCUGGGAGAACAGUUUAUGGUCGGAAGCGAAAUUUGUGGAGCUGUUUGUUCUAUAAGAAAUCAGGAGGAUAUAAUAUCUCUUUGGAAUCGGACGGCUAACAACGAGGGUGUUACGAAUCGCAUUCGCGAUACGAUGCGCCGUGUUUUGAAUCUUCCACCAAAUACAGUUUUGGAAUACAAGAAGCAUGGCGACUGUUUGAAAGAUCAGACAAGCUACCGUAACACAGACAAGUUUGUCAAGUAG